UGAUUUGAUAUUACUGAAUCAAUAUUAAAUCAAAAUGAAAGUACAUUAAUUAUUAGUCAAAAGACAAUAUCAAAAGAAAUAUUACAAACACUUGAUGAAAGAAAAAAUCAAACAUGGUUAAUAUUCACUAAAAACGAUAAUAAUAAUAAGAAUAGUUUUAGUCAUAUUCUAUCAUCAUUAUUACCAUGUUCAAAUAUCAGAAUUUUUGAUAUUCAGAAUUCAACUUUAGAUAUGAUUUGUUCUGCAAUAACAGUUCUAUUAACUACUUAUAAACAAGUAUCUAUUAUUUUUGCAUGGCAACUUGAUCAAGUAGCACUUAAUGAAAAUAAUGAUGAUUUAGCAUUUAAACAAAAUGAAGAACUAAUAUGUGGAACAUUAUCACAUAUUCUUCAAACAAUUCAAAAAUCAUCACCAUAUUUUUAUCCAUUCGUAUAUGUUCUUACAGAUCAUGCUCAAUUUAAUAAUGAUUCUAAUCUUAAUUUAAUUGCAUCACCAUUUAUUGGCCUUGCACGAAGUUUAAUAACUGAAUAUGAACGAAAUCGAUUAAAACUUAUUGAUCUUCAAAUAUCAUUAAAUAAUAAUAAUCAAUCAACAUUUAUUCAUACUUUAAUAGAAUAUAUGAUUAAUUCAAGAUAUUCAACUGAUAUUUGUCAAGUUGUUCUUCGUCGUAAUCAUACAAAUCAAAAUCAAAAAUCUAAAUACGAACAAAGUUCUAUUAUUCCUAAACGAGAUGCUGAUGAAAAAGCAUUUCGUCUUUGUGUACCACAAUCUCAUUUUCUUUCUGAAUUAACAUGGAUUGAAGAAGAGAGAGAAAAAGAAUUAUUACCGGGCAUAGUAGAAGUUUGUGUUCAUUGUGUUGGUAUUAAUUUUCGUGAUGUACUCAAAUCACGUGGUCUUUAUCCAUAUACACAACCAGGCUCAGAUUUUGUUGGUACCAUUGUACGUGCAUGUCCUACAACUAAUUAUCAGGUUGGUGAUCAUGUUGUAGGUAAUACUAGUCUUGGUACAUAUCAUUCUCAUAUUAUGAUUAAUUCACAACUUAUAAUACGUAUUCCAUCUGAUUUUCCUCUUACUGAUGAACAAUUAUGUGGUAUGCCAACUCCACUUUUAACAGUUAUAUAUUCUCUUAAAUAUUGUGUUCAUUUGAAAACUGAUCAAACUGUUCUUAUUCAUGCUUCAACAGGUGCUGCAGGACAAUGGUGUAUUCAAUAUUGUCAAUAUAUUGGUGCUCGUGUUAUUGCUACAGCUGGAACUGAAGAAAAACGACGUUUUCUUCAUGAAUAUUAUGGUAUUGAACAUGUAUUUAAUAGUCGAGAUACUUCUUUUGUUAACAAUAUACGUAAAAUCCUUCCACAAGGUGUUGAUGUUAUUGUUAAUUCAUUAUCAGGUAAUUUAUUAAAAGAAUCAAUUAAAUUAUUAGCAUAUCACGGUAAUUUUGUUGAAUGGGGUAAACGAGAUAUUUAUCAUAAUGGCAAUUUAUCGAUGUUUCAAUUACGAUCAGAUUGUAGUUUUCAUGUGACUGACUUCGCUGGACUUGCUGAUCAUGUAUCACCUCUUAUUCGUGUUAUGCUAGAAGAAGCAAUUGAUUUAUUUAUACAACAUAAAUUGCGUGCUGUUGAACCAACAGUUACUUAUGAACCAUCUCAAGUAAUAGAAGCAUUAUUAAGAUGUAAUAGUGGUCAAGUUAUGGGUAAAACAGUUAUUCGUAUAACUUUGUCUGAUCAACCAUUAACUAUUCAUAAAAAACAAUCUAAUAGUUUAUUAAAAGUUGUGAGUGAUAAUACAAUGUUUCCAUCAGAAGUUUGUAAUCAAGGAACAAUUUUAAUAUCUGGUGGUCUUGGUUUAACAAUGUCUCGAGCUGUUGUUGCAGAAGAUCGCACUUUAAAUAAUUUAAUACAAGAACAUUUAUCACUUGUUUUACCACCAAAAGUUCGUGGUGCAUGGUAUCUUCAUCAAGCUACACAGUUUCUUGAUGCACCUAUUCAUUUCUUUAUUAUGUUUUCAUCAAUUCGAAAUCAUUUACUUGAAGGUUCAUCUGCUGGUUAUAAUGCUGGUAAUCAAUUUCUCGAUGCUCUUGCUCACUAUCGUAUGACUCAACUAAGUUUACCUGCGCUCUCAGUUAGCUUGCCUGCUGUAAGUAGUGCAAGCAUGUUUCAUCGACAGCGAGAUAGGCUCAGCACUUUACAAAGUACACAUGGCUUUGAAGUAUUGCCACCAAUAGCUGUAUUCGAGUUGAUCGAACGCUUUCAUACAAGUCAGAAGACUUGUCCAUGUCCCGUUAUUUUCGCUGUUAAUUGGCAAACAUUAUAUGAAAGACGCCACAAAUUACCAAUAUUUCAAUUAAAUAAAAUAGUAGAAGCACGCUAUACUGUUAUGAAACUUACAAAUGUAUCAACAGCAUCAACAGGACUUAAUAGUACAACGACUUUGAACUUGAAUCGAAAAGCAACUAUUAUUGAACGAAUUCAAAUGGCUGUAGCACGUCUUCUAGGUGCAGCAGAUAUUGUUCGUAUCCUAGUAGAUCGUUCGCUGACUGUCCAAGGUAUGGAUUCAUUAGCAGCUCUUUCACUCUAUAAUUGGUUGGGACAGGAGACCACUGUUUUUAUGCCAUUGGUUGAUCUUCUUCAAGGAAAUUCUAUUGAGACUAUUGCAACAGUAAUUCAUAAUAAGCUCAACGAAUGA